AUCUUUGCAAGUGGCGCACGGCGGAUCGGACUAUGGCGUUCGUCUAGUCCGCGUCGAGUAGUGUCGCGGUGUAGACGAAUCGAUUCGGUCUCUGUCCAGCAGCUCCAGGUGUGUGGCAGUAGCGCAUAUUCAUCAUCCCCGUACUCUUUGUACCAAGAUUUGUAAAAAAUGAGUUCCAGUGCUUGUUACAAGUGUAACCGAAUGGGCCACUUUGCCAGGGAAUGCCCCCAGGGUGGUGGUACUGGUAGAGGAGACCGCCGUGAUCGUGAUGGUGGUGGUGGCUACGGCAGGGGACGUGAUAAGUGCUACAAGUGCAAUCAGUAUGGGCACUUUGCACGUGAGUGCAAGGAGGCUCAGGAUCUCUGCUACCGUUGCAAUGGUGUUGGACAUAUUGCAAAGGAUUGUCAACAGUCCUCGUAUGGUUACCAGGGACCAGAUACGAAUUGCUACAACUGUAACAAGACGGGCCAUAUGGCCCGCAACUGCCCGGAGAACGUGAACGACGGCGAUCGUUCCACGACGCAAAGCUGCUAUACUUGCAAAAAAUACGGACACAUCGCUCGCAACUGUCCCGAAGGUGGCGGCAAGACCUGCUACAUUUGCUACAAGCCUGGCCACAUAAGCCGGGAGUGCGACCAGGAUGACCGGAAGUAGGAGCCAACUCGCUUGAUAAUGAACGACAGCCGCCGUUUACAACAACAACCGUCUCUCGCGCGCGCGCCACUGCCAGGGAUUUUGUAGCCGCUAGGUAGGGAUUUAUUAUCUGACACGCGCCCAAUUCCCAGUUCAGUGCGUGCUCGUCUAAUUAUUUUUUUUCUUUUCCGUGGAGUCAAAGAUGCUCUCUCUCGCUCAACAUCUCAAGUCCUUAUCUCGCCUAUACAAGAGUCCUGGAUCGGUUCGUGUAAUAUCGGUUCCUUCGUCGUCUCAUUGUAAACGCCCAUUCCCCUUUAUAUUAUAUUAUCACUAUCUUUCAUUUUCUUUUUUGUCCGAACAUCAGUUUGUUUGUUUUAUUAUUAGUAAAGAAAAAAAGCUGCACUUGUGCGAUAUUUCUGUAGUCUCUGUUCGCACACUUAUCACCUUCUUGGCUCCCCUCCCUGCAAGAGUUUUUAUUGCUUUACUUGUCUGCGGUUUUUUGCGACUUUUUAUUUGACAAUCAAUUUUUUGAUAAGCGUGUUCCUUAUUGCUGUGCGUGCGCGCAGCUAAGUGGAUAUCAGUUUUUUGUUCAUUAAAAAAUCGAAUGAGAUUCGAUAUUUAAGGUUUACUCGAAUAGUUCAGUUACUUCAAAAUAAAUUUAUGUACGUUCUACUUGUCUACUAUACUCAAAAAAGGUUCUUAUCAGAAUGAUUUAUACUUUCGACGACCUCUUUAUCACAGUAACUUCUCUUCCAUAGAUAAAAUUUUUUACAUAGAAAGUUGUCCUGGCGUAACGACAGAUAUUCAAGUAGACCGUUCGCAUGAUGCUAUUGAUAAAUUUAUAUCCACUAUAAACAUCCAAAAGUCAUUGAAGUGAAGAAGAAUAAAAAAAAUGUAAAAGUUAAGUAAAGGCAUACUGCGUACAUGCAAAGGCAUAUAUGCAUAAUUACAUGUACACGGACUAUUAAUGAUGUAAUAAUAUUGUAACGUUCGAUUUAAAACAUAGUAGUGCAUAGGAAGGAAAAAACCAUACCCUUCGAUUACCCAUUCCCUUGACCUUCUCCUAUACCUUACCUGAACCGUGAUCUUCUCCACGGAAUCAUUCAGAAUUUUCCCCUGUAAGUUUUUAUCAUGUAAGGUGUUUGGAUAGCUUAGUUAAGAAACGAGAAAGACACGAGAUGAUGACACAUACACGUAUACAUAACAUACAAACACACACGAUGACAACGAAAGAGUGCGAAGAGUCGAACGAGCUGUGUAAUUUGAGUUGUAACUUGUAGUACUUGGGAGUAUAAGCAAAGCGCUAUGUCCAUUAUCGGCAAUGGAGCUCAUCUUUAUCCUUCUUUUCUUCCUUUUUUAGUACAAAAUGACGCAGAAGAUUUGUAAAAUUACUUAUUUUUUAAAAUCGACUGAUGGCGCGCAAUCAUUAAUUAUUAUAUCUAUGCAUCUUGUAUCGAAUUGUGCAUCUCUUUGUAUCUAAGGAAAAAUCGCUCCGAUUUUUUCCCCUCUAAUCUCCUCUUUAAUGAAACUCAGUUGUUAUUUAAAGCUGAAUAAAUAAGAAACAAAAAGAAAUUUGGAAUAAAUAAAAGAUAUGUGUUUUGAAACGGAACGCGCUAAUUGUAUUGGCCCUGGAUUAUAUGCGCGCUAUAAUAAUAUGUAAACGUUAGGUAGAAAAAACAAAAAAAGCAGAAUAUAAGGUUUUGUCGCACCAAGAAGAAUCGAUCGUAAGAAUGUAAUGAGAUUGUAAUUUCCUUUAAUUUCUUUUCUGUAGCUGCGAGCAAGAGCAGCAUUUGUAAACAUGAGUGUGUACACAUGUGUGAAACCGCAUUUUGGUCGUAAGACUGAAUGUUGGGGUCCAAUAUCGCAAAAAGUGAAGGUGUAUUUUUUAUUUCAUUAAAUAUCUCAUUUUUUCUCGA